AUGUCUUUCCAGGUUUCUGUUCAGGCACCCUGGAGAAACAACAAUAUGACCUUUUUAAAUAAAGACCACCCAGUCUCUGAACAAGGAGAAACCAUUAUUGGCUUUUAUCUGCUCACUCUGGGGUGGAUGUCUUGGAUUGGGAAUAGCAUUGUAAUUUUUGUACUAUAUAAACAACGAGCUGUUCUUCAGCCCACGGAUUAUUUGACAUUUAAUCUGGCUGUGUCUGAUGGCAGCAUUGCUAUCUUUGGUUAUUCCCGUGGCAUCAUUGACAUUUUCAAUGUGUUCCAAGAUGAUGGUUUCCUUGUAACAUCAAUAUGGACUUGUCAGGUUGAUGGAUUUCUGACACUGCUGUUUGGCCUCUCCAGUAUUAAUACACUCACAGUGAUUAGUGUAACUCGCUAUAUAAAAGGGUGCCAUCCCAACAGAGGGCAUUGUAUCAGCACCAGCAGCAUCUCUGUUGCUAUUUUUCUUAUCUGGACAGCAGCUUUGUUCUGGUCACUGGCCCCAUUCUUGGGAUGGGGGAGCUAUACAGACCGGAUGUAUGGAACAUGUGAAAUUGACUGGACAAAGGCCAACUUCUCAACCACAUACAAGUCCUACAUUGUGUCCAUUUUCAUCUGCUGUUUCUUCAUGCCUGUGAUGGUCAUGGUUUUCUCAUACAUGUCCAUCAUCAAUACAGUCAAGUCAAGCCAUGCAUUGAGUGGAAUGGGUGACCCAACGGAUAGGCAGCGGAGGAUGGAACAAAGCGUCACCAGGGUCUCCCUUGUUGUUUGCACGUGUUUUAUUGCUGCCUGGUCCCCGUAUGCCGUCAUUUCCAUGUGGUCUGCAAGUGGUUGCCCUGUACCCAACCUGACCAGCAUCUUUGCCAGCCUUUUUGCAAAAUCAGCCAGCUUCUAUAACCCUAUCAUUUACUUUGGGAUGAGCUCCAAAUUCCGAAAGGACAUCGCUGUCUUGUUCCACUUUGCUAAAGAGAUCAAGGAUCCCGUGAAGCUCAAACAGUUCAAGAUUCUCAAGCAGAAACUGGACAGCUCUCCUUCUCAUGGAGAAGAGAAGGGUGCAAUAGAUGCUCAGCCUGCUCUGCAUUCUGAUUCUGGGGUGGGGAGUCAUCCUAAUACUCCUCCCCCAGUAAAUAGAAAAGGGUAUUUUGUUGUUUUUGAUAACUGGCCCCAAAAUCCUGACUUCGAAUGUGAUCGACUGUGA